AUGGGCCUGAUAGAUUGUUUGUUUAUUGCUGACGGUAGAAAUCUGCCCAUAUUUGAGCACAUUGUCAAUUCUCCAGCUCCCACAUUUCAAUAUGUAAAGGACCGUUUGAACAGCAUGCGUAAAGACGAUUUUGAGGAUUCUGGCUCAUCAACAUCUGUCUUCGACCACUUGGAGCCCGUGCUUGAUAUUGACGCGAAUUGGCGUGUCGCAUGGAUAAAGCUAGAUUCCGUGUACGUUAUUGUGGCAGGCGAAACGUUUCCAGAGUAUACAGAAGUCGUGAGCGACGAUGAGGACGAUGAGGAGGAGGAUGGUGACGACGCCACGGAACAGAAGCAGACGGUCACCAUCUCGCGAACGGUGAAUGACUUGCAGUACCUACAGUUCCUAACAGAUUUCGGCACCGUGGUGAAGUCUUUUCUCAAUGGUGCAGUCCUCAAUCCAGCUAAAGUCGAGUUAAACGCACACAAUUUGCUGCUAAUCCUACAGGAAAUGGUGGAUGCCUCCUUCCCGUAUCUCACAGAUCUCAACCAGCUUCAGGAACUUCUACCUUCAAACAGCAUUCUCAAUAAAAUCAUAUCAACAACCAAGCAAAUCCAAGGCACAGCAUCUAACUCGAUCAACUCGUUGGCUCAAGGAUCAAGCUUACUGCACGCGUCCUCUUCGGCCUCUUCUCUUGCAUCGAACCAUUUUCAAAAAGGUGUUCUUCCCGUUUCCUGCAUAUACGAAAAAUCGGGCAACGAGAUUCCGUGGAGAAAAGUUAACGUCAAACACACACAGAAUGAAAUGCUGAUAGAUCUUGUCGAGCGAAUAAGCUGGAUUGUGCCUGCAACCAGGUCCCCCAAACCUGUUUACGGUGCCUCAACGUACUACAAUCUUGGGCUGAGUGCGAAAAAAAGCAAACCAGUGCUGGCUACCAUAGACGGCACCGUUUACUUCAACAGCUCUCUUUCGGGAGUUCCAACUAUCCAGCUGGUGCUCAAUCUCAACAGGCACGAUUUAGGAGUCCCAUCAUUCCAUCGGUGUGUUGAGACAGGGAUAUGGUCAAGCAAUCCAGGUGUGGUGCAGUUCAUACCUCCUGACGACAAAUUCACGCUGAUGAAGUACAAAAUCAACCUACUAGAGACGGAAACACCAGUAAACAUCUGGAAUUACAUGGGGCUCGUGGACGUGGAGCUUGUGGGGGGACUAGGGAUUGAGAGAAAUGAGUUUGAAAUCAAACUUCAAACCAAGCUGCUCAAUACUGUGAAGUUCAUAGAGGAUCUAAAAGUCGAGAUCCACGUGCCGAAAGAUCACACCGUCAGGGGACUGCGCAUCACCCACGGAGAUUUGCAAUCAAGAAACGGUGUACAAGAGUGGGUUCUCGACAAAAUGCUGCCUACGGGUAUCAAUUGCACGUUCAGGGGUCAGUUGCUUAGAUCGGGCGGAGAUCCAUCAACAUUCAAGCCAGACUUUGUGACUCUGUCGUACUCCAACAAAGGUUCGGUGCCCAGCCUAAUCAAAGUCGACUCAAUGAAAAUCAUAAGCGGAGGUUCCACAAACGUCAAGCCAUACAAGGGCGUCAAGUAUAUUACGCAAACCAAUAAUAUUAUGCAUAGAUAG